AUGGUGGAAGUGGACACAGGUGACCAUGUUCUCGUGACGGGGUACAACGACCCCAAAAAUGCUUCUGGGGAAUCACCUGAGACGAUCAGCGAGAUCAAAAUUUGGCUCUACCCGACAGUCUCGGACUCACCUGCUGGUGAAUACCGGAGGCACCUGAGCUUCCAUGUGCGCGGCUCUGCCGAAUGGAUCCUUGAUACAGGCCAGUACCGGUGGUUCAAUAAGGCGAUCAGGGCGCGCUUUGGAUUAGAGCAUCCUGGGCAGUGGGAAGUCAGUUGUGGCUGCUAG